GCAACUUGUCACGUUCACCAAUCAGGUGCUCGUUUGUUUCAAAAUGGCGGCCACCAUUGAUUUCUUGUUACGAACGUAAACAAUGACAAGUUAAUUAUGUUUGCCCUUUAACGAUUCUGGCGAAAGUUUGACAGAAUGAAUUACGUCGGAAGUAUAUCGAUAAUCGACCGUGGGGAUGCCCCGGCUAAAGCGGUUAUUGAUAAGAAUGUGCGCUCAUUGGCACAGCGAGUGGCGGACGAGACGAAAGAGGAACUGGACAAAGUCAUGGACCGAGUGGAUAAUAUCUACGUAUCGUAUGAAAUGGCAACUCAGACAAUGUUUGAUAAUCCAAGAGGUUCACCAAAUGUGGAAUACAUCGAAGAUAUUAAAGAACUAGAAGAUAUACUCACAGAUACAGUUCGGAAGAAGAAAUAUCAACAGCAGGUCACAGUAUUUGUAGUUGGCUUCCAGAAUGUAUGUGCACAGAAAAUGCAGCUUCUGCAGCAAGUUAAUCAGUUCUUCCUGGAAAAUUCCAAGAUGGAGGAGGAUGAGAUUGUUGAUGACAAGCCAGAAGUAGAUCUGGAUGAAGCAGCCAAGCAGGUGAAUUCAUCCUUGUCAACUGCGGGGGAUUUGGCGAAGAAACUUGCUGACAUAAAUCAAGAUAUGGUUGAGUGGCUCGUGAACUAUGCCAACACUAAAGCUAGCAACAAGGGCAAGAAACGCCUGGAGAAAAAUCUUGAAGCUGCUAAAAUUGACAUAACAGACCUAAGUGAGAAACUGCUGAAACUGCAAACUGAACUUGAGGAGAAGGAUGAGAAAUUUCAACUGAUGGCCAAGCAGUUAGAUGCUAAGACCCAGGAAGCUGUGAGGUUCAAGACUGCUGCUGAAGUGGCUAAGAAAAGUGCACAAGACAACGAGGCCCACACGAGCAUGCUACACGAUGAGAUUAAAAUGAGGGACGAAAAAAUCCAAGAACUGCGGAGCAAACUUUCAAGGCUCGAAAUCAACCUGUCCGAGACUCAGUUUGAUAAAGAGCUUGUGUCGAAACGUAUGGAUAAGUCUCAAGCGCAGACUCAGAAAUUGGAAGAACAAACUAAGAAACUGUUUGAGAUAUCAGAAGAAAACGAUGACAGUGAACAAGAAACUGCUGUUGAUUAUAAUAGAAAGAUAGAGAGGCUGGCCAAACUCCAGGAAGAGGUGGAAACUAAGAAAGCUACCUUAUCAGAGGCUGAGAGAGAGCUACAAAAACUUCACAAUAAUCAGCUAGUUGCUCUGCAGUCAUCACACAAACAAGAGAUAGACGAACUUCAACAACAACACCAGGAGGAAGUGGCAAAACUCACUGAAACUGUGAAAAUGGAGCCAGUCCUUCAAAGAAUGGCACAAAAGGAAGAACUAGCACAACUGAAAGAAAGCCUUGAAAAAGCCGAGACCUUUGCUGCCGAGUUUCAAGAUGAAUCUUAUAAACUUAAGGCUCAGGUUAUAGAGCUACAGCUUAGAGAACCGACCAAGGAAAACUUUGAUGAGAUCACACGUAUCUCUGAUGAUAUCACUGAGAGGCUGUCAUCAGCUGGAAAGUCCAUUGGUGAACUGUCCAAUCAGGAAGAGGAACAAGUUAGACAGGAGAGUUCCAAGUCCAGUAAGAAGUCUGAAAGCCUCAAGGCCAGCAAGCAACCUUCAAGGUCACUGAAUAGGCCUUUCCAGAAAGGAGGAAAGAAGGAAGCAGAAGUAACCAUACAAGAUGAAGGAGAGUCAACUCAGAAACUUGACAAUAAAACCAAUGAUGGUAAUCGUCAACCUUCCAGAGUGUCCAAAAAUCUGGAUGCAGUUGCAGAGGGUGAUGGCACAGAAUUCACCAAUGCGUUUGAGUUGGACGACGAAGAGUCUUGGUCCUCUGUUCCCCAAGCUCACAUUCCAGGCAGAUUCUUACAGUACAGACAGCUGAGUGUUUCAAAGCUUCGUGACCUUGAAGACCAGCUCCAGGUGACCUUGACCAAGACACAUCGCAAGGUCAACUCCCUUAAGAGCCAGUUCAAUGAACAUAAAAAUAAAUGGGAAUCGGAGCGGAAGAUCCUAAUUGAGCAGGUAGAGCAGGCCCAGAAACUGCAGACAGAUGCAGAGAAGGAGGCAGAUGCUGCUAUGACACAGCUGGAAGAGUUCAUUAAUGAACAGGAAAAAUUGGAGGAUGAGGAGGAGGCUAAGAGACAGGAGAUCAUUAAAACCAUGUCUCGUCCGGGCACAACAAGGCGUAAAGCAUCUGCUAAACGCGAGAAAAAGCCCCCUACUCCAGAUGAAAAGCCGGAGGCACAAAAGCCAGAUGAAUACAAUGAUAAUUCGGAGGAGCUGAAAGACCUGAUGCAACAAACUGAUGAUGCUAAGGCACAAGAGAAGAGUGCUCGGCAAACUGGGGCUGCUUCAGCACCUCCUGCUGUGGAACCUGAGGAUAGGGCUCAGAAGUCUGUGGAAAAGGAACCAAUCACAGGAAACACAGAAGAGGAAGUGAGAAUCUCCUCUGCGAAGAGUCGAGCCUCGUUGCGUAGCCAGUUUAAGUCCCGUCUUGAUGAGACUAGACAUGCGGUGGAGACGAGGAAAACACAUUCGCCUGUUAUCACAGUUCCAGCACAGAAGUCAGUGGAUGAUGAGUUGAUUAUUGAGUCUGAUGAUGAAGAUGACUUACCCAUUCCUGAUGAUCUUAAAGAGGAGGCAUUGAUGAGGGAAGACACAUUGGAUGCUGCUUCUCCACCUCCAGGCAAACGAGUGAGCCGCCAAGUCAGCCUUGCCUCCAGGAAAUCCACCAACUUGUCUGAACACCCAUUGGUCCAAGAGUAUAUGAGAGUGUAUGCGGGCAUCCACAACUUCAAGGAAGCCAUGAGCAGAGUUCUUAUGGACAAAGACCAGAUGUCAGCAAGUCAGCUGAUCACAGAGCUGGAGGCCUUGACCUUCAACAAGGAUGACAAGGUCGUGCCCCAGAUAUCCAAGAUGUCCGACAAUGUCUACUAUGUUUUGAGCGAAGUUUCUCAAAUCAUCAACAAUGUCAUCCAGAAUGAUAGGGGGCCAGUUGUGUCCAGCCUUAUGAUGGGUAUGACCCGGGACAACACUCAACGGUCCAUGAUGCGGGAAAAAUCAGGGAUUACAGACGGGAUGCAAACCACGAGACAUAGUCAGCGCUCUGAGAAGAUAAAGAGUGCUUCAACAGACCGUCACUACCAAGAUCUUCAGGAACAAUACGAGAAAUUUAACUUUGAUGUUAAAAUAACUAAAAAAGGACAAACGCAGAUGUCAGAGGACGCUAAGCGUUAUGAGGAACAACAACAACGAAAUGUGGUCGCCAUGAUGGAGAUGCAGGACACGAUCAACCAUCUUCAGAGGGAGUUGUCUGCCCUGGGAAAACAGGGGAAUAGGCCAAUGUCGGAGUCUGUGUCUACUGCUGCACAACAGCUGCCUGAAUCAGCCAUCAUGUUCACACGCCUAGACUCAGAGCGAAAUGCCAAGAUCAUGAAGCGGGCCGUGAAUGAGGAAAAACUGGACCCUAAUAAAUACAAGGAAGCAGUCGUACAAAUGGAUGAGUAUGUGAGCCUACCAGCCCAGAGGUUGUCCCAUCUAGUGCGCAAAUAUGUCCACCAUGUCAGAAUGAAGGAAAUUGAAUCCAAUGUCCAGAAAAGCCAGAGUCUGAACGAAAAUGUGUUUGAAGUCUUUGACAAGAUGGAGGCACUCCAAAAUCAACGUGCGAAGAGAUGGGCUGACAAGAUGGAUGAAAUGGGGAUGGAUCGUUACCGCCUUGCCAAUAUGCUGAUGGAAACUCUAGACAGUAUAGAACAGGACUGUGGCAUCUUCUUGAUAAAACCCAUGUACUCCUAUAGGGGCAGAGAACCAAAGGAGCGUUUUGGAGGCAAAAUCAGUCGGCCAUUCCGUCCACAUCGGACCUUGUCUCCGCUACGGGAUUCCCACAGCGCGUACGCCCCCGCCCCGACACCAGCCUCAAAUGUGAGACCGCCAAGGGUACAGAGAAGAGAUGAUAGCCAGUACACCCAUGCAGAAGAGGUUGGCAAAACUGGAGGUCAAUACAGAUCAUAUGAACCAACUCCGCCACUUGAUGGAAGCUCGGCGGGGCUUAUGGGGUCAUCUGUCCAUAUGAUAGGCAAUCAGCCUCAGGCCACAUGGAGUAUGUCCGACUCACAGACUGGAGGAGGAGGUUUUAUGAUGGGAAAUGUUAACACCCCUAGAAUCCUAGAGCUGGAUAUAAACAGAAUGAUGAUUGGUCAGAAUACUAUAAGUGCACAAGUGGGAAGUCAGGGUCUGAGCAAUGACCGACUCGUGAACGCCACAAACACUAAUCUCCGAUCAUACAUGACCGUCAACAGACCUGGACAGAGUUCAGUAGCCAAGUCUGAUCGCCCAAGAUCAGGAUCUCGUACCAGUCCCAUUUUAUCCACCUCCCCGACAUCUUUGAGUGGUUCCCGGCGCGUGAGAAUGUCAGCGGAGGGUGACCUCCCAGUAAUGUCAUCGGCUCCACCACUGCCUCCGAUUGGUCGACAACAAUCACAUGACGGGAAGAAGAGCACCAGUGGUACCAGUAGGGGCCGUACCUCGCCCCAUAUAGUUCCGAUUGGCAAUGAGGUCCCAGACAGUCCACCAGGUUCAAGUCUACGGCAAUCCCCUCCAGGCGCAGAAGAGUGAAAUUAUUUAGGAUAAUUAUAUGAACAUUAUAUAACAAGCCAGUCUUGCAUACAAGGGAAUGUACAUUCCGGAUUGAUGUGUUUUGGCAUAGCAUUUGAACAGUCCUUAAACAUUGAAUGACUUGAUUGGUCACAAUUAUUGAAUUGUGUUUGGCAUUUUCCUACCUACAUAUUUUAGUGUGGGUAGGUAGGUAUGCUGGUAGGAAGGUUGUUUAUUUUUGUGUGUAUUUAUCUCCCCACUUGCUUAUUUCAAAAUAUAUAAAUUUCUAUCUUUUUGAUAUAUGUGCUUUAUAUGCCAAAAGGAAUAAAUAAACAAAUCUAUUCUCUUAGCACUUAAUCCUGUAAUGAAAAUAGAAAAUAAAGGACCACCAGAGUGCCUAAAAAAUGUUUCGGUUCGCAGGAUUUUUAUGUGAGUUGAUCAGGAAAUGCCAAACUAUUAUUACAAAUGUUGUGAAUGAUAAUGGUGGUGUGUAACCUACUUGUGUAUUUGUGAUAUACUACAGUAUAUAUUUAUAUCAAUGAUGUCGGUUAAUAUGCUGUGAACAAAUAAUGACAUAUAUGUUGUUGUACAGAGGAAUUUUCUGAAUUAUUUUUAAAAUCCAGGAAUCAGAAAACAAUAACCAGUAAAGAUGACCAGCGCAUCUAUUAGGACAAAUAUAGUAAAGUUUUUUAAUGCAAAAUCAUGUUAAACACAGGAGUUAGCUGACAUUAUAGAACAGAUAUGAUUAUUGACACAUUGCCAACUCCCCAAUUAUAAACCUAAAAAAUAAAAAGUACAACAAGUGGUUGAUUAUUGUUGAUAAUUUUCUUAUUUCACUAGUUGCAAUUAAGGGAAUACUAUGACUGUAAACUGGUUUAUCUGUCUGUUAGCAUGGAAUUUGAAAGCUGUUUUUUUUGUAAGCUGCAUCUGGGAGUAAGAUCCCAGGCUGCAUGGUACAUGUUUAUGAUUUAUUAAAGUUUCUCAUUUUCUGCUUUAAAGAAUUCCAUAGAAAAUAUAUAUGAAAUAUGCCGAUCAUUUGAUAGGGUAUUACAUGUAUUUAUUGUAUUGAUAUCUUUAUUGCAUUGACAUAUUGCACAACAAUUAACAUUCUUUCUAAACUGGAAACAAAGUUAACAAUUAUGUUUAAUUUUGGAACUUUUUUUUUUUUAGUGGUUCAAAAUAUUGUCUUUAUUUUUAUCUAAUAAUCUGAAAAAAAAGUUGUUGUUUUUAUAUUUGAAGUUAUAUUAGUAUAAUAAAUCUAUAAGAAUCCAUAGACUUUGUUUUUUUGUUUUGUUUUUUAUUUUUUAUCCAACCUGUAUCUGUGAUAUUUUGUGAUAGUUCGAGUUUUAUGAAAUGUUUUAUAUUUGUUUUGUUAAGUGCUUUUUUGUAAGAUAUAUGAGUAUAAAAGCUAUUUAUUAAUGAGUUAAGCUUUAGUGAAUAUAUUUUCUAUCAUAUACAUACUGACUGUGUCUUUAUAUUAUAUGAAGUUAUUUAACGCCAGAUAUAUUAACACCCCUACUGGCUUUCCUUUGUUGAAUGAAUAUUCUUUCCAUUGCAUUCAUAUUCUGAUGAACCCAACAUCUUUGGAAUACAUGUACUUCUGAUAUUACCACAGACAUAUACACAUUUAUGUAAUGUCUGCUAUAUUAAAACAAUGUUUAUAAUUGGUAAAGUGAAUUAUUACUGUGGUUGAACUAUAUUAAAUUGUUUUUUUAAGUAUAAUUGUCAAUGUAAGUUGCAAAUCCUGAGUGUAACUACACACAUUGAAUAUUUUAGAAUAAGGAUUCAUCUGUGUAUGGAAGUAUUUGAAUUUAGUGCUAAGAUAAUCAUCAAGCCCUUCGGACUUCACUUACACUGACCAAAUGUUUUCAUACACCAAUAAACUACAAUACUAAAACAUGCAGUUAUUAAUUUAUAAUACUUCUAGAAGCUAUAGAGCAGUCUAACAUUAAGCAAACUUUAUUAGGGUAUCACUCAACCCAACUCAACUCAGAAUGUUUUUUUGUUUUUUUAUUCAAGUUUGAAUGCAAUUACAAUUCACGAAUAAAUAAAAUAUAUAAACAUGUCAAUGGCUAUUUUGUUUUCUCAUCUUAAAAUUGAGAAAAAAGUACUUUUAAAACUUAUCUAAAGUCCUUCCACAGUGGUGAAUCCUUCUAUCAGUUUUAAGGCUCUAUAGUGGAUUUUUUUUACUUCACAGUUCGAGCUGAAAGGCUUGUAUUAAUGAUUACAUGUAAAGGCAUUGAACUCCGUUUGUCAUUACUUUGUUGUUUUUUCUUUCUUGUAAUGUAAAAAAGAACUUUCUUAUAAUAGUUAUGAAUUUGUUACCUAUCACCAUGAAUGUUUGGAAUUGUUUUGUUGAAAGUGUUGAAAUACAGUUAACAUUCUAUAAAGACUUAUGAUACUGGUGAACUUCUAUUGUGAACUAUUAUGAGUGAUGGAUUAAAUGCUGGAAAAACUG